AUAUUCCAUGAAUUCGUUUUUCCUGUUUUGGGUACUUCCAUAGAAUUAUGUCAAACAUACGGUUUGUUAUUGUUGGGAAAUGCUGCGUAUGUUCAUAGUAUGUUUGUGCUAUUAGAAUAAUUUAUAAGUUGCGCCCCAGAGACUCGCUUCAGGAAAAAUUCAAGUUGAUGAACAUCCUGACCCUUCCCUCUCUCUACAUUCUUCCCUUUCUUAUAAAAAUAAAGUCAAUUUUAUAUCUUUCCCUUUUAAUAAAACAAUGCAAAGAACAAAAUAUGAAAAUGUUCAAAUAAAAGCUUCCUUUUCCUUUUUCUUUUGAGAUUCCUUUGAGAGUGUCAAUCGAAUAGUCGAACUAGAUUACGAUCAUUAGGUAGGUUAUGCUUUUACCUUCAUUAUUUUAAAAUUCAGAUUUAUAUAUAAAUCUCUCACUAUAGUGACAAAUGAACAAAAAAUUUUUAAAUUAUUAAAACUUUCGUGAGACAUGAUCAACUUAUUUAGUAAUACGUGGACAUCAAUAGUGACACAGUGUCAGUGAUACCGUGCUCGUCAUCACCACCGGCAUUCCCCGCGCUCCCCGCCCUGUCCAGCCGCGCACUACGAGCACAAGUCCGCAGUAUGAGACGGGACGUUAUCGCGAACCCACUACACUCACCUUGAUGAAGGACUUCCGAAUGGUCCAAAACUAGUCGGUACUCAAACCGAUAAAUCGCGAGUAAAGCCGUAUUAAUAAAUAAGUUAACAUUAAGUCAUAAAAUGUUAUAACAUAACAUAUAUAAUAAUCCCAAUCUCGUAAAAUGUUUCAAUCUCAUGAACCAAUAUGAAUUUUAUUACGUUCUAUACUUUGAUAUUUGGCCUAACAAAAUGCUACAGUAUUAAAUUCGAUGUCCAAGGAUCAGUCCGUCUUGGAGAGGAAGUAGUGGAGACACUCUCUCAUAUCUUCGGCUCGAAAUAUAAUGUCAUCUCUAGACGAUCCUUUCUCCCAGUGGAAGAUGAUGACUAUAUUACCAGUACCGUACGACUAGCUCUUCUCUGUACUAAUGUUAUCUUCUGCCAAGACGAUACUAAGCAAUUUGCUGAAGAGUACGUCAUCGUGCAAGCCAAAGGUGUCGAAAACAUUCUAAAAUCACUACUAGGUGAUCAAUUCAAACGUAAAGUUUACGAAAAUCAAUUAAAACUUUACUUGGAAUACGUAAGAUAUAUUCUUAAAAGUGCCAAUAAUAAAUUGACUGAAGAAGGUAAAGAUUCUCUCCAAAAUAUCUGGCUAGACGUGAUAAAGAAAAUAAGCGCAAAAUUUCAAGAGCUGGCAUCGAUUUUCGUCGCGCAAUAUCACAUUGAAAGUAAACAGUCGAUGAAAGACAUGAAUCACAAGCUUAUCUUAGCGACAGUAAUAAUAGAGUUGAAAUAUUUACACAGAGUUUGUAUAGGCCACGGGAUGUGCGUUAAAUCAUUUGAGUAUACAACAGCUUUGUACAGUAUUUUGGAACAAUUUGCUAUUAUGGAUGAGGAUAAAGUUCGCUCAUUUAUAAGAUACUUACAUGAAGAACUGUAUAACAUGUCAUUCUACACGAUCCUGAGUGAAACAACAGCUCAUCAGUUACAAAUUAUACUCAAUGACAUGGCCUACAGCAGUAAUGUGUCCCCAAAAAAUUUACUUUCAACUUUACAAAAAAUCGUUGCAGCUAGAAUAGAGUUUCUAAGAACAAAUAAAGAUGAAAAACUUUCUCACGACGCGCUUCUUGUACAUGUUAUUCUAUCAGAUAUGGACCGUAUGUAUAGCAUAGCAAAACCGCAACAAUUUCAUGAAUUUUUAACCAAUUUCUUUCAAUGGAAACAGAAGAAUAUAAACUUUAGCAAAGAUAUUAAAGAGGUUCUUAAUGAAAUACGUAACGGAAUGCAACAAAUGGACGAAUAUCUUAGAGUUAAACUAAUAAACGAAGUUCGUGUGUUUUUAGAAAUGACAGUUGAUGGAGAUGACUAAAUUAUUUUUCGCUAUGUCGUGUGUCUAUUGUUGAAUAAAUACAAUUUAUAUUC